AUGGAAGUUCCUACACAAGUUGAGAAAGUCUUGGAACUGAGCUUUGAGCAUUUAUCUUUCGUCUUUGGUCACUGGAACAUUUAUCUUCCGUCUUUCGCUUUUGAGAUCUUGACUAAAGCUGUGUAUCCACAAGAUCCUGAUGGCUUAAGAAAAAGCGCGAAUCUCUACUUCGCUGUGGGUAUAGUUGUUAUGGUGAUCUGUGCUGUAUCCUACAACUUAGCUCACAAGCUUCCUGUGAUCAAUUUCCAUGAAGAGCGCAAGGCUCAAGCACUGCUCAAAGAGAGUCAAGAGAACGGUUCUUUAACCGGACCAAUGUGGAGGAAAACACUCUGGCAGAUCGUUACUAGGAUCAAGUCUCAUGGCUUUGGGAUUGUACUUAUAUACAUUGUGACGCUGUCUAUAUUCCCUGGCUACAUUACCGAGGAUGUUCACUCUGAUCUGCUUAAAGAUUGGUUCCAUGUUCUACUCAUUGCAGCUUUCAAUGUGUUUGACUUGGUUGGGAAGUCGUUGACUGCUGUUUACAUGCUUGCGGAUGAGAAAGGGUAG